GCCCACCAUUCACUUGUUUCUCUCAUCGCCCGCCCUUCACCAUUCACUCACUCCCAUUCAAGCAAAGGGAAACAUAUGUUCAACAAGGCUUAACUUUGCGCUUGCCUUUGCCUUUGCCUAUGCUUUGCUUUGUUUUGUUUUGUUUUCCCCAGGAAUCCAUCCGAAUUGUGUUGUUGUUCAUCACUGAUCUUGUAGCCCUUUUUCUUUUUCCUGUGCUGUUCAAUUUGCAAUUUUAGAGCACAGAUUUCUGUUUGUUCAGUUUCAGCUUGCAAUCUGGCCAGCUGUUGCGCGCUUUGUUGUUCGAGUAUGUUGAUGUCUAGCAACAGAACUUUGCGCUGCUAAAUCGUGCUCGGAAUGUUUUUUCCGACCAGAGCUUAAGACUUGCUGUGUUUUUGGCUCGAGAGUAAGAAGGAUUUGCUAGUUUUAGAUCUGCGCAAAGAAUUUUUGAUUCUUUGCCUCUUUUUUUUUUUCAAUUUCAUUCUCAUUACUUUCAAUUUUGUCCUAAGCUUUGAAAAAAUGAUGAACGUUUACAAGAGCUUUCAAUCUUACCUUGGCGCUCCUGAGGAGCGCAGCGCAGAGCUGAAAGGGAUCGGUUCGAUUCUCAGUGAAGUCGAUGUGGAGGCGAAACAGAGUAGCAGCAGCAGCCAGUCUUUGAGGAGGACUCUGUCUGGGGACAUGUUGUCGCAAGGAUGGAUGUCGCGGGAGAAUUCGCUGAGGAAAUCUUGUUCCUUUUACGAGCUUUCCCGCAAAUCUUACUCCGAGUGUGAAGAAUUUUCAGACUCGGACUCAGAAGAUCGGAGUGAGGAGGAAGAAGAAGAAGAAGAAGAAGAUGGAGAUAUCUUUUCCAUGACCGACGAAGAAGAGAAAGAAGACAAGGAGGAAGUUGUCAUGGACAAGAAUUGCGGCGAUCUGUGGAGCCUGAUUCAGUCCGAGAAGAAGCAGCAGAAAGAUUCAGAAUCUUCAUUUUUUGCUCUCAUGGCGCCUACCAACAAAGAACUCAAGGUCGAUUCUUCAAAAUGGGAGCCUUGCAAGCCAUAUGUGCAUCCGGCUAAAAGAAAAAGCACGCUGAGUGACCAGAGUCUUCGCCUUUGCACCGAAUCUCUCGGCUGCGAGAGCGGCACGGACUGCUCUUAUCCGUCCCUCAGCGACACAGAAGACUGUAGCUCAGCUUCUUCCGAAGACAAUUUCUCUGUUUUCGGAGAAGAAGAGGAGCAAGUGGAGGAGGAGCAGGAGAGCAUUUCUGCGGAAAAUUUAAAGAUUUCCGACAAUGUGAGCGGAUCAGAGCAAGAAAAGGCGAUCAAGAGAACAAGAUCGUUUCCUCCGCCUCUUUCUUCAAUUGCCAGAAGCGACGGCUCCUGCAUCCACAUGCGCUCUUUCAAGCAAGACGGCAGGCUUCUCCUCAAGGCCGUGCCAGUGGAAACUUCUCAAAAAUAUUUGACCGUGCGUCGCGAAGAUGGCCGCUUGCAGCUCCAUUUGAUCCGCACACAACUGCAAGAGCUUUCUCCGGAGGAAGAAAAGAUUCCAGCAGAGCAUGAAUUCAAUGCUCAGAAGUCCACAGCAGAGGAGAAGCAGCUCCAGCAGCAACAAUCAAAGAGCUCUGCAUUCUCUGACCUCUCCAAUUUCAGGCGACACGUUCUGAGAUCAGAAUAUCAGAAUCCGUCAAGCAACAAAGAGGUGCCCCUAAAUCUCAACAUGAAUUCCGCUGCCAAGGGGAAGAGCCUGUUACUCAAGAACGAGCAGCUCCAAGGUUCCAAUCUCACCUGCUCCAAAGAAAUGAAUUCCUUCUCCAAAGUACCUUCUGCCGCUGCUGCCUACACUGGAUUUGGACAUCUUGUCGCCGCUUCCUACACUGGAUGUGAAGAUUUUCUGCAGGAAAGGCCCUCACAGAGCUUAAUUACCAGUCCCACCCUGCUAUACUACCAGCCUAACAACCACAAUUCUGCGGCCGGCGAUUUCGAAUCCAAGUCUUUGCCCAAAUUUCCGUGCAAUGAAAGUUUCCGGCGAUGCCAGGUGAGGCAGUGGUUGACUAAAUUUGGGGAGCCUCGCUGCAUUGCCAUUUCUUGAAUUUGUCAUGAUUACUUCUGUGACCAAUUUUGGAGGGGUGGAUUAAAUUAUUUGAGAAUUGAAUGAAGUCCAACAAUCUGGGAGUUUAGUUUAGGAUGGGUAUAAGAGAAGGGGAUCGGGGAUCAGGGAUCACGGAUCACACUGUUGAUAUAUUUCACCUAACGAUAACCAGUAACAAAUCUGUUGUCCAUAUUACAACUAUAACACUUAUUCUCUGUAUAUCUCUCUCUCAUUAUCCAAUGUAAAACUUCUUAUGGGUAAUAAGUACUAUUCCUGUCUAUC